UAUGACAUGACAUAAUUGAACUAUUUGAACUUUAUUCACGUCGGUGGUGAAGUACAUCUUAAUUUAUAUUUUCUUCUUCCGGGUUCAUUUAUAUUUUAUUAUUACCUAUAUCAAAGAGUGCCAUAAAAGUUAUUAAAAUGUCGUGUCUUAAUGUUAUUUCUCGUAAUUUUUCAACUUCUGUGGCCCGUGCAGCUAUUAAAAAUAUCACUGUUGUCGGAGGUGGUUUAAUGGGUUCAGGUAUUGCCCAAGUAUCGGCCCAAACUGGUCACAAUGUAACAAUUGUCGAGCUCAAUCAGGAUGUUUUAGACAAAACUCAUAAGAGCAUUCAACAGAAUUUACAGAGAUUUGCUAAAAAGGCUUACAAGGAAAAACCUCAAGAAGGUGAGAAUUUUGUUUCAGAAACUUUAUCAAGAAUUAGUACUUCUACAAAAAUAGUUGAUGUAGUACAAGAUUCAGAUUUGGUGUUGGAAGCCAUUGUUGAAAACUUGUCUGUCAAACACAAACUUUUCAAGUCCAUAGAUGACGUUGCACCAGCAAAGACUAUAUUUGCUUCCAAUACGUCAUCAUUGUCUAUCACUGAAAUUGCAGCUGUUUGUAAGAGGAAAGACAAAUUUGCAGGAUUACAUUUUUUCAACCCUGUACCGGUGAUGAAAUUAUUAGAAGUUAUCAGAACUCCGGAAACAUCUGAUGAAACUUAUGAAACAUUAAUGGCUUGGGCAAAAACUAUUGGUAAAACAGCUAUUACUUGCAAGGACACUCCUGGAUUCGUAGUUAAUAGACUUCUAGUUCCAUUGUUGGCUGAAUCGGUUAGAAUGUUGGAGAGAGGCGAUGCUUCUGCUAGGGAUAUUGACAUUGCAAUGAAAUUAGGCGCAGGACACCCAAUGGGACCUAUUGAGUUGGCAGAUUAUGUUGGACAUGAUACUACUAAUUCAAUUAUAAAUGGAUGGCAUGAAAAAUUCCCAGAAAAUCCAUUGUUCAAUCCAUUACCAACUUUACAGAAAUUAGUUGAUGAAAAAAAAUUGGGUGUCAAGACUGGUGAAGGAUUUUACACUAUAAGAAAUAACAUUCUUAUUUAUUAAUAUAUUUUGGGGGCAGUAAUAUAAUAUCAUUUUAAUUGUAUUUGUAUCUUAAUUUUUAAAAUUGUAGUAAUAAUUAUUGAAAAAUGAAAGUUUUGUACACACUUAUUGUUUUAUUUUAAAAAAUUUAUAUUUAUCAGCGUUUCAAAUAAACCCAUCUAUUUUAAAUAAAUAAA